AUGGAAAGAUUCGACACUUCCAAAGACCCUCGCUUCAAGCGCGCUCCCAGACAUGUCCGACGAGUUCAAGUCGAUGGGCGUUUUGCGCGCAUGUUCAAAGACAAGCAGUUCGUCGAAACUCCCCAGGUUGAUUCUCGUGGCCAGAGGUUGAGCCGCAAAGCUGGAAAACAGAAGCUGCAGGAGUUCUACGAUUUGGCCGGUGUGGAAACAGAUAAAGGGAUUUCUAGAAAGGACCAGGCGGAGCUUGACUCCGAGGCAGAUCUUCCAGAAGAGCUGGAGGAGGAAUCUGCUGUGGAGGAUGAGGAUGACGAGUCGGAGGAAGCCGAUGAAGAUCCUCAAAGCUCUUCGGCUUGGAAUGUCGCUCAGGAGAAUGUUCCCAAAGGAGAUGCAACCCGACGGCUUGCCGUCAUGGGUUGCGACUGGGAUCAUGUUGCCGCAGGCGAUCUCAUGGUCAUGUUCCGGACUUAUCUCAGCACCGCUCGAUCCAAGAACCAAGCUGGCAACGUGCAAAAAAUCAGCGUUUAUCCAUCAGACUACGGCCUGCAACGAACGCAGCGUGAGGCUGUUGAAGGUCCCUUGAUCGCAGAUGAGAUGACCAGACCGCACAUUGAUGAGGACAACGAAGAGGCAGAACAAGAAGCACUGCGGCGGUACCAGAUGGACCGCACCAAGUAUUUCUGGGCGCUGGUCGAGUGCGACUCCGAGUCCACCGCCGCGUGGCUCUACGACGAGAUGGAUGGAAUCGAGGCGGACGGUAUUUGCCCCGCGACCUUGGAUUUGCGCUUCGUACCUGACGACUUGGUACCCCCACACGAAGCAUCCAGCGUGGCAACUGAAGUUCCGAAGAAGUUCUCGGGCCCAGCCAUGUUGCGGUCUGCCACUGGACAUACCAAAGUGAAGUGCACCUGGGAUGAAGCACCUCCUCAAAGAAAGAAGGAUCUCAUGAAGAAGAGGUUCUCUGCAGCCGAGCUUGCUGACAUGGACCUCCGGGACUACUUGGCCUCUAGCUCAGAAUCUGAGGCAGGUGCCAAAGGUGCAGCAGCACAGGAAUUGAAGGCACUGGUUGCAAACAGCGAAUCCGAAGGUGGUGAGGGUGGUGAGGCAGGUGAGAGCGAUUCGGACACUCAGAAGCCGAGCAAAGAGCUAGGAAACAUGGAAGCGACCUUCAACCUCAAGACCACCAGGCUAGAGGAAGAGCUGGCAGAGCGCGCCCAGAAACAGGGCGGGCGGGGAGUCCAUACCCUGGGAUCCGAGCAGCCACAAAGUUCUUGGCAAAAGUACUUGGACAAGCGGAAGGAGAAGAGGCGAGAGAAGAGACAGAAGGCCAAGGAAGAGCGGGCAAAGCUGAAAGAAAGUAUAGCACAGGAAACUGGUAAGAUCAAGGGUCACAAGAGGCAGGACAGCUCUAAAGAGGAGCCCGCAGGUGACUUGGAGCUGCUCGUAGAACCACCAGAGAUGGAGGAGAGAAGUUUCAACCUUCGAGGUCCACAAAGGCAAGCCCAUGACCACGGCCUCAAGGACUCGAACGCUUUUCAGAUGGAUGUCCACGACCGUCGCCUUGAGAAGGUCUUGAGCAGCGCCGACUUCGAGAUUGACCCGACAAAUCCAGAGUUCCGGAAAUCAGACGGGAUGUCCGCUCUGCUUCGAGAGAAGCGAAAGCGCAAAAGCGACAGAAGUGCAAAGGCUGGGUCCACAAAUUCCGCAACAGGAAUGUCUGCUGGCAAAGAGGCGCCGCUCCCCUCUUUGCAGUCCGCAGGGCUCGCGGAAACCACAAGCUCGACAGGCUUACAGAUCUUUGCGUCUCAGAAGAGACCCGCCAGGCACGUUAGCAAACAGGAGCCAGCGAAAGCUCCUAAAAAGACCCGGAAGAAAGCAAAAUAG